CCUGGAACGACGUUUUUUCAAGUCAUUUAUCGUCAAAAGUCAUCAAAGCAGAAUCAUCGUAUAGAAGACGUUCUGACAUUUCUCAUCUUAUCAUUCUGGACAGCUUUCUGUCGAUCCCACAACCAAAUUAGCUACCAGUCCACACGCCAAGUUUACUUUCAGAGGUAGACUGCCAGACCUUCGAAGUCUUCUGUCUUCAAAUGUUUGAUCUAGCUACCUGAAAACAAACUGCCUACUGAAUGGUCACAACUAAGCGGCAGAGUCUUUUGUUUAUCAAAUGCUUAUAUACCAUUGUUUCAUUUAGUUAGCUCAUAGCUUGCAGCAAUCAUGUUUCUUGUUGUUUUGUUCUUUUUCUGCUGCACAGUACCCCUCUCUGCUGAUGAGCUACCUUACUACGUGCCUUCGGAUAACUUCGCAAUGGAUUGUUCUCCAUCAUAUUCAUCUUCUGAUUUCAAAUCAACUUCUGCCAGCGAAAAAAAAUUCAAUUUUUCAUCUGUGACAAGAGUAUAUGCCUUAGAUCCUCACUACCGUGACGUGAAACCAAAAGUUUCUGCUUGCAUUUUUAGAAAACAGUUCACUUACCCAUUUUUUGUCUCCAUUGGCCCCAAGUUUGUUCGCCUUUACUUUAAACCAAUCACAUAUUCAGGACUGAAUUUAUCAAAGGCAUUGUUCUCUGUCAAUAUUGAUCGGUACAGAGUUCUUACCACUUCUGAAUCCUCCUAUUCCAAACUCCCCUCAGAUGUUAGUUAUUUUGUAAGAGAAUUCUGUAUCAACACAUAUAGCCAAAUAUUAAAUGUGACUUUCACUCCAUCUUCGAAGAUUUCUGGUGCAUAUGCUUUUUUCAACAAGAUUGAAAUCGUCUCCAUGCCUUCGAAUCUUUACAUCCAAGAAAAUGUUCCACUGCCCCUCAUUGGACAGCCUUCUGGUUAUUCUAUGGGGAACUCUACAGCCCUUGAGAUGAUGUACCGGCUGAACGUAGGAGGGGAUUUGAUCCCUCAACCAGAAGAUACUGGAAUGUUUCGCCUCUGGACAAGGGACGCCGAUUACUUUGUAAGUAAUGAAGCUGGGACAAGUACUAUUGAAUCAGAAGUUGAAAUUAAGUCAAGCUUAUUGGCACCUACAUACGCUGCUCCAGUUCAAGUUUACGCAUCUGCCCGUGCAGUUGAGGAUGUGUCUGCAAGCAAAUAUAGUGCUAGAUGGUCAUUUCCUGUUGAUUUUGGCUUCUACUACCUAGUCAGGCUUCAUUUCUGUGAGAUUUCAAGGAAGAUUCAGAAAGAAGGUCGAAGAGUGUUUCAUGUUUAUAUCAACAAUCAAACUGCUGAAGAUCAUGCUGAUAUUUUUCAUUGGAGUCAGGGGGUUGGAAUUCCCAUUUCCAGGGACUAUGUCGUCAACUUUUCAAGACCAGGAGAAGGCAAAAAGAUUCUAUCAAUAGCGAUAGCAAGUGACAAUGGAUCAUCCGCAAUACACGCAGGUCCGAUUUUAAAUGGGUUGGAAAUUUUCAAGUUGUCUGACUAUUUUAACAAUCUGGCAGGAAAUCAUCCAUUUGGAUUUGGAGUAAGAAAUUCAGACUUCAAAGAUUAUGCUGAAGAUCACUGUGUUUUGAUAGGUGCAGCCCGUGUUCUUGGAUGGAGUGUUUUGGCCACCAAUUUUCUCUUCUGCUUUUCUUCACUAGUCUCAAAUUUUAAGCAGCGCAGAGAAAAACCUAGGGAAGGAAAAUCAUCAGACUAUUGUCGGAUCUUCUCACUUGCUGAGAUAAAGUCAGCAACCAACAAUUUUGCAGAUACUUUACUCAUUGGCACUGGCGGAUUUGGGAUGGUCUACAAAGGGACCAUCGAUGGUGGCUGCACCAAUGUUGCUAUAAAACGUGCCAAUCCAAGUUCACACCAAGGUUUAAAAGAGUUUCAAACUGAAAUCUCCAUGCUUUCAGAGUUAAGGCACACCCACCUAGUUUCUCUGAUUGGUUAUUCAAUGGAGAACAAAGAAAUGAUUCUUGUUUAUGAUUACAUGGCUCGAGGUACGCUACGUGAUCACCUUUACAAGAGCCAGAAGCCUCCACUUCCAUGGAAGCAGAGGCUCAAGAUUUGUAUAGGAGCAGCACGAGGACUACACUACUUGCACACAGGAGCAAAGAGCAUUAUCAUCCAUCGAGACAUCAAGAGCACCAACAUAUUGUUAGAUGAAAAAUGGGUUGCCAAGGUUUCAGAUUUCGGGUUAUCGAAAACAGGCCCGAGCGCAAAGACAGAGUCUAAGACUAAGACACAUGUUUCAACCAUGGUGAAGGGUACUUUUGGUUACCUGGAUCCUGAAUAUUAUCGACGACAAAAACUGACAGAAAAAUCUGAUGUAUACUCAUUUGGAGUGGUACUGUUUGAGACUUUAUGUUCUAGGCCUGCUGUGAUGCCUAUGGUAGGAAUAGAAGAGGAAGAAGAGUAUGAUGAGAAAGCAAAUUUGGCAGAAUGGGCAUUGCAUUGCUGCCAAAUGGGGACUAUUGAUCAGAUAAUUGAUCCAUAUCUGAAGGGAAAGAUUGACCAUGAAUGCUUCAGGACUUUCACUGAUAUAGCAAAGAAAUGUUUGGCAGAAAAGGGAAUUGAAAGGCCGUCCAUGGGAGAUGUGUUAUGCAAUUUAGAGCUGGCAAUGCAGCAGCAGAAUGCUGCUGAUUUGCAGGAGGAGAGGGAUACAAAAGAGGCUUAUGGAGGGAUGAAUGGUGAUGUUUGUAUGAUGAUUGAUGGUAGACAAUGCAUUUGCUCUAAUAAUUCAGAUAAAACUCCAGGAGUGGAAUUCUCUGAGAUCAUGUUUCCCAUUGGACGUUGAAGAGAAUUUUAAACUCAACUGAGAUUCCUAAACCUUUCCCAUUUAUGAUUUUGUUAUAAUUCCAUGAAUGUAGAAGUCAAAAAGUAAAUCCUGUUGUUUACUAUUUUUCUAAAGGAAAAGUAUGAUAUCAAGUAGAGCACUGAGGUUUGAUUUUCUACAAACA